AUGUUUCACCUGCUGACCUUCCUCGUGGAGAAGCUCUCCCUUCUCUCCAACCUGCAGCUUUUCGAGCCGCGGUGGUCGCCCGGCGAGCAGCGCGGCGAGCCGAAGACGCGCCUCCCCGCCUCCUCCUUCAGGAGAGGAGACCUGCUGGAGGUGCCGAGAACCCUCUUCACCCACUUUGGGGUUUACCUGGGCGACGACCGAGUUGCUCAUCUCAUCCCAGACAUCCUGCCCGUGCUCACCAGUAACCGAGAGCUGAUCGACGCCGCCAUCACCAAUAAAAGACUCAUCCUGGGCUGCAUCUACCGGCGCGCGACCGUGCGCGUCGACACGGUGGAGGACUUCGCGUACGGCUCCAGCAUCACGGCGAACCGCAUGGACGAGCUGGUCCAGAGGCAGGCGUUGCCCAAUGAGGAUGUGGCCAAGAGGGCUGAAAAACUCAUCGGAGCAAUCCCCUACAGCUUGCUGUGGAACAACUGUGAGCACUUUGUGACACACUGCAGAUACGGGUCUGCGGCGAGUCAACAAACAGAACAGUUUUGCGACGGUUUGAAAUCUCUCAUCCGAGACCAGCGAAGCAUCAUCGCCGCCGUUCUUCUCGGCGUCGUCUCCAUCAGUUGGUUUGGCAUGGUGCCCUUGACUACAUUACCCACAAUCCUCAUCCCCUUCACUCUGUGGAUGGCUGGCUAAAGGACGCCCGCCAGAGUGUCUCACAUUAUGAACUGAACUUUCACUGGGCAAAGAGACUGUAGAACCGGAUAAUGUAAUAAAUUCCCAAUAAUUUAAUAUCCCCGAUAAUGUCAUAAAAAUCUGUACUUGAGUCCAUUGAAAAUGCAA